AUGUCUAACAUUUAUAAGGAACUUCUGAUGUAGCAAUUUACACUCCUCCUAUAGAAAGACCUCCUAAAUUAAUUUAUUAACUUUUUCAAGAUGUUUAUUAUACUUAUCAUAAAUUUAUAUAAUAUACCUGAGAAUGAACGUCUUGUUAUGCAUGUACAUCUGCAACAGAGAGAGGAUUCUUCAAUAAAAUCACCAAGCUAACGAUCUACUUACUAAAAGUAUUCAUCUUCACACUUCCAUAUAAGAUAUUUAUUACUGUUCUCACAGCAAGUUAAAAGCAUCCACUAACAAAAAAAGCACUCAGCCCAAUCAUCUUAUUAUUCUAUAAGCAAAUACUUCGAUUAUAGCAAAAUACCGUAAUUCAUAUUUGUUUAGCUGUUUGUUAGCAAAAGUAAAUAUUUAAAGUUAAAUCUUUCUGCUUUUGAAAGGUAAGAAAUAAAUUAAGAUAUGAAUUAUGUUGAUUGUGUGAUUAAAUAUUUGGUAAUUAAUUUAUAAAUGUUAUUAAAAAUCAAGAUCCUUAAAUGUAAAACGUUCUUGUUAAAAAUUCAAGUGAAAAAUUAAUUGAAAUGUAUUAAGGUUUAGAUUAUGUUCAGUAAGUAAUCUUAUACUUUAAAACAUAUACAAACUAUAAGAAAAUUUUAUUAAAUAAAUACCUGA